CAAGAAUAAUUAAUCAUCUCUACUUUGUUUGUUCAAGCACUAAGCAGUCAAGAUGGAAGUCGUAAAACAAUUCAAUUCGGAACUUUCGUCUCUUUACGAGACAAAGCCUCCGAUAUCGAAGGCCAAGAUGAUUUCAAUAACUCGGACAGCCAUGAAAGCAAUCAAAUUCUACAAGCAUGUUGUACAAAGUGUGGAGAAGUUUAUACAAAAGUGCAAGCCCGAGUACAAAGUACCAGGGCUGUAUGUGAUUGAUUCAAUAGUGCGCCAAUCCCGUCAUCUGUUUGGCACCGAGAAAGAUGUGUUUGCGCCGAGGUUUGCCAGAAAUUUACAGCAAACUUUCGUCCAUCUCUUCAACUGUCCUCCAGAAGACAAGAGCAAGGUGAUCCGAGUGCUAAACUUGUGGCAGAAGAACAACGUUUUUGAUUCGGAACAGAUUCAGCCAUUGUUUGAUUUGGCGGAUCCUAACCAUCCGAUUCACAAGGAACAGCAGGCUCUGGCUCCCAGCAACGGAAUUGCCCCCGCCAACGCCAAUACUACACCAAAGAAUGUUUCAGUCAAGGAGUCCGGGAGUGCUGGAUGGGUCAACCAACUUAACUCAGACUCACACUCAACUGUCCAACAGAAAGCUCCUAGCAAGGUGAUCCGAGUGCUAAACUUGUGGCAGAAGAACAACGUUUUUGAUUCGGAACAGAUUCAGCCAUUGUUUGAUUUGGCGGAUCCUAACCAUCCGAUUCACAAGGAACAGCAGGCUCUGGCUCCCAGCAACGGAAUUGCCCCCGCCAACGCCAAUACUACACCAAAGAAUGUUUCAGUCAAGGAGUCCGGGAGUGCUGGAUGGGUCAACCAACUUAACUCAGACUCACACUCAACUGUCCAACAGAAAGCUCCUAGCAAGGUGAUCCGAGUGCUAAACUUGUGGCAGAAGAACAACGUUUUUGAUUCGGAACAGAUUCAGCCAUUGUUUGAUUUGGCGGAUCCUAACCAUCCGAUUCACAAGGAACAGCAGGCUCUGGCUCCCAGCAACGGAAUUGCCCCCGCCAACGCCAAUACUACACCAAAGAAUGUUUCAGUCAAGGAGUCCGGGAGUGCUGGAUGGGUCAACCAACUUAACUCAGACUCACACUCAACUGUCCAACAGAAAGCUCCUAGCAAGGUGAUCCGAGUGCUAAACUUGUGGCAGAAGAACAACGUUUUUGAUUCGGAACAGAUUCAGCCAUUGUUUGAUUUGGCGGAUCCUAACCAUCCGAUUCACAAGGAACAGCAGGCUCUGGCUCCCAGCAACGGAAUUGCCCCCGCCAACGCCAAUACUACACCAAAGAAUGUUUCAGUCAAGGAGUCCGGGAGUGCUGGAUGGGUCAACCAACUUAACUCAGACUCACACUCAACUGUCCAACAGAAAGCUCCUACCCCGGGACAACAACAACUGCAACAGUUGCAGACUAUGUUGCUGGACCAACAGGCUGACAACAAGACUAAAUCUGCAGAGUCCGAUCAGAUUGAAGGGAAAAUGGAAGACAUUCAAAACAAUAACUCACAACUAGACGAUUUAAAACAGCAGCUUACAAAACUAAUCAAGGAUUGUGAAGAACUAUACACCACCUACAAUGAGAAAAGAAAUAAGGUACUUGAAAUGAAAGGCAGCAAACCCAAAGAGGGUUGGGGAGAUGAUGCUUGGAACUCUACCCCAGCUGCGUGGAACUCUGAGGAGGAGACCUAUUCAGCCCAGACCGACGGAGAAACAGACCUCAACAAGUCAAGAUCCUCUUCCAGACGUUCACUGAAGCCGAGUGAGAUAAACUGCACAAGUCCUUGGCUCCCUUCAAAAUCGAGGUCACAAAGAUCCAGCGUGGGGUCCAACCCGUUUGGAGGCUACACCAACGUGAGUGUGAGCAGUGAUGACUACCAGUUCUCUGAGGAUGCGAGUCAGAGACUAAAACGAGAUGAGAGACUGUUCUCCAUAGGGAGCACACGCUCUAUCAACAGCGACACCAGGAUCUCUAUCAAGUAG